AUGGCUGCGCAUAAGAAGUUUAAUUUCGAUGAUCCAGAAGACAGUUACUGGAACACAAGUGGCACUUCCACUUCAGAGUUUUUUGAAGACCCUCCAUUAGCUUCUAAUGCGGUGAGGUCAUCUUUUUUUCCCGAAGAAUUUUUGAACGUUGAACAACUGGAAGCAGCUGCUCGAGCUGCAUUAGAGGACUUAUUCGAGAGUCAAGUCCGUUUUGGAGCUGAUGAUCUGUCUUCCAAUGCAGACAGUGAACUGCCGACAGAUGAUGGAAACAAUUUGCUUCCCUAUACUGCUGAUGUGGGACGGCUCAGUCUCAAUGCUGAUCGUAGGUCUCGUGUUGAAGAAAAAGUAGCUGCCGAAAAGUGUGCUAAACCCCAUGAAACUGGUGUUGUUUUCCCUGUUAAAUCCGCUGCUUCAAUUAUCUCUGAAGGAAGUGUAGGUUCUUUUUCAAAUGAGCUAGUAUCACAGGCUGACUAUGCUCGGUUGAAAAGUGAACAUCGUAGAUUACAGCGGUAUCUCGAGCAGUUGAAACGUGAACGUUAUACGGCUGCAGAUCCUGAGGUUACAGUCCGGCGACUACGAAACGGUGAGCCAGUUACUUUAGAUCUAUAUCGAAGUAAGAAGGAGAAAUUAGAGUUACUGUCUUCAGCUCUUGACUCUUUGGACGGUAAUGCAAUUAAUGCUGUUAUUCUUUUCCUGAAACGUACUUUUUCGGAGUCGCUUUUUCGCGAGGUUCUGUUAGAAAAUGUUGUUGCUGCGGAUCAUUACUUAUCUUUAUUGAAGCAGCUCAACGAUUAUAGCACACUGGCGAUGACUUUAUCAGCUCUUGGGAGGCAUGAGGAGGCUAGUAUGGUUGAGUUCUCAAUGGCCUGUCGUCAACAUACACCUGAACAGAAGGUUCAGCGAUUGAAAAAGUGUUUAAUUAGCAGUUUCAGCAGUGCAUCGCUUAAUUCUGAAGCUAAAAUUGUUAACGAAUAUAUUGAUUUAUUGGAGAGACAGAUACCAAUUGACGCUGCAGACAAUAAUGAUACCGUUCUUGCUUCUAGUAUUUUUACCAGGUUUCCUAAAACGAAAUCAAUUGUUGGCGAAACUUUGCGUAAUACAUUACACUAUUGCUGCCUUUACCAUUAUGAUCUUCCAGUAAAUGCUUUCGCUAGUCCUUUGUCUAUAAAGGAACUGUUCCACCUGAAUGACAGAGAAUUUAUUUGGACAGCUGUCUCAGCACUUAGCAGACUGGCGAGAUGGGCUGAUAUAGAACAGCUGCUUACUAGCAGAAAACUUCUUGGAGGCAACAAAAUAUUUUGCCCUUUUGCUUGGCGGUAUUUGUUUCAGUUGCUAACUGCAUAUGAAACCCCUCCGAAGGAGUUGCUCUGUAGGUUUCUACGGGCAGUACCUGACAUAGAUGAAAGGAAGAAGCUUGCUGGAUUAUAUCCUGAAACAGCAGAUGUCGUUAUCGAAUGCAUGAUUACUCAGAAAGAUAGAUUAGGGCUUGGGUCAUUUAUAUCAAAACUUGCACCUCACGGAUCUGACGCCCAGAAAGUGCAAGGAGUAUUGAAAGAUACCGUAUGUUUUGAUUUGUAA